AUGGUCAAGCUCUCCCGUCGUUUCUAUCGCCUUGAUGUCGUCAUUCCGCUUCUGGUUAUGGCUUUAUCCCCUCUCGUCUCGUCCACUCCUGUCAGCGAAACCUCUGAUUCUGUAACAGCAUCUGCAGUGACUACCGGUGCUCCUACUUCCGUCCCGGGCUUUGCUCCACAGUCCCCAUCUCCCUUUGGUCCCACAUCCGCCGUUACAUAUGCAGUAUCAAUUUGCGUCGUCCUGCUUGCAAUCUUCCUGAUACUCGCAACCGUGUUCACGAUGAGAUACCGCAAGCGUCGAUAUGCACGCAGGAUGAAGGACGCGCAGGCGUUAAGCCUCCAAGGCGACAGCGAAAGAGAGAAAUCUUUGCGAGCGCUCCCUGCAAGCGCCGUGGAACUCGUCCACUUCCGCUCAUCUAUGGCUCUCAUGCGUCCUCCUAGCACAAUUUGCACCCGAGAUAUCGACAGCAUCAGGCGAUGCAACUGUCCCGACUGUAUCACGAGCGUUCGCGGUAUCCAUUUCCAUAUGAUCAACCCGCCUCUCGUCGGCCCUGCCAGUGGAAUUUCACCUCAGUCUUCAGGCUCCCGCACUCGUGUGCAGCUCGGCGGUACCGCCCUCCGCGAGGCUGAUGCACGGCGGGACGAGAACGCCCACCGUGAGGCCAGCAUCCACGCACAGUCGAGUCCCCCGCUCUCUCCACACGAGCACGAGUGGCAGCUCUUGCACAAACCCGACGGGUCUUCUGCUCCAUUCACUGGGCACGGUGGUGUCUCAGCUCGUCCUCCCAAGUUCAAUUCAGUCGCCCCCCUUUCCCCCUCGCUCGACAGGUCGACGCCGUGCGCGCUCUCGGAUGACGCCGGUUUGACGUCGCUGCAAGGGUCUCCCGUCGCCGCAUAUUCAUCGAGCAACGAGAACGCCGCGUUGGCGCAAUUCAAGACCCUCGAUGUCGACACCGGAGAGGCCUUCUGUCUCUCCUUACCCGUCUCUGGCGCGCCGUCUCCAGCGAUCGCGAGCAGGGAGAAGGACCUCGCGAACGCGGACGUCUGGCUAACCGAUGCCGACUGGUUCUAUGCCGACAACAACUGUGUUCGGCCUUUCGACCUUGGCGUCGAACCUGACGAAGAGGCCUGUGCUCCACCGCGAGAGUCGCUCGCGAAGAGCCCUUCUGCUGCCGCGCCGAUCGAUCUGACGAGUCUGCCCGAGUAUCUCUACUGA